AUAAGUAAAACUAUAAUAAAAAUGAUACAGUCCACUAUUUUAAUAUUUGCAUUUAAGAUUCUUUUAUUUAUUUAUUAUACGUAUUGAACCAGUUCGCAACAAUAACAUUUAAUAAAUACAUAAUUUAAUAUAAUUAACUAUGGACCGUUUUCACUGUGAGAGCACACUCUUGGGUUUUUUUAAUAGUAAUAAAUCCAUAUAAAAUAUUUAUAAUUAGUCAAAAAAGUAGGCGUGAUUAAAGUAUACAUAAUGAUAAAUAUUAUCAUAAUUAGAGUUUUACCUAAAAUAAAUUACUUAUAAUAUUAAUAUAAAUUAAAAAUUUUAAUAAUGAUAAUAUUAAUAAACAAAUGUGUUCAUGUAGCGAUUCGAUAUGGAUUAUCUAAUGAAAUUAUAAUAAGCUUAUUUGAAAAAGGGACGAUAAGAAAAGCUGUUGAAAAUGGAAACUUGGAAUUAUUAAAGAAUGCUCAUGAAAAUGGAAUUGACUGGGAUGAAGAUACGACUAUUGUAGCUGCUGCAAAAGGAUAUUUGGAAUGUUUAAAAUAUGCUCAUGAAAAUAAAUGUCCCUGGAAUGAAAGAACGACAGAAGCAGCUGCUGAAUAUGGUAAAUUAGAAUGUUUAAAAUAUGCCCAUGAAAAUAGAUGUGAUUGGAAUUUAAUCACAACAAUAGCUGCUGCUGCUAAUGGCCAUCUAAAAUGUUUAAUGUAUGCUCAUGAAAAUCGAUGCCCUUGAAAUUAAUUCACGACAAGAGCGGCUUCUUCUAAUGAAAUUGGGAUGCAAUUUGCUGUUUCAUCGAUCAUAUUCUGUCCACAAGAGAGAAAAAAGAGAUGCAGCGUCAACGUGACCACAACAUAACCUAAGUUUAAGAAUUUAUUGUAGUCUGAAAAGCAUUGUAUGGUUGUACAUCCAUUGUAUGUUUAACCUGUGAGAAUACGUGCAUGGGAGAUUUGCCCACCGCGAUCCAUACGUUUUAUGUAAUUUUCAAAUGCUAAAUAAACGGAACUCGGCCACUGAGGGGUAGGAUUGCCGAAAGGCAAAGUUCCCCCUCAGUGGUCACGGAGCGCA